UUCGCUUUCCUUCUUCCUUAUUCUUCUGCUUCCCAAUAACAGCCGGCGGACUCCGACGAAACAAGUACAAUGUCCCAUCAAACGGGCAUUCAAGCCUCCGGGGAAGUGAAAGACCUUUUUGCAAGGGCGAGGAAUGGGGACUACCGACUGCUGAAGAUAGCGAUUGAUAAUGAGCAGUUAGUGGUGGGCGGCAGCAAGCCGCCCUCAAAGACGUGGGACCAGGAGUAUGACUCCUGUGUUCUUCCGUUCCUGGAGGACGACCAGCCAUCCUACAUCCUGUACCGGCUGGACUCCAGCAAUAACCAGGGAUACGAGUGGAUCUUCCUGGCCUGGUCACCUGACCAUUCACCUGUACGGCAGAAAAUGUUGUAUGCGGCCACUAGAGCUACUCUGAAAAAGGAAUUUGGCGGAGGACACAUCAAGGAUGAGAUCUUUGGCACCACAAAGGAUGACGUGUCUCUGAGUGGCUACAGGAAGUACCUGACCUCCCAGGCUGCUCCUCUCCCACUCACUGCUGCCGAGGAGGAACUGAGACAGAUCAAACUGAAUGAGGUUCAGACCGAUAUCAGCGUGGACACCAAGCAGCAGACGCUGCAGGGAGUGGCCUUUCCCAUGCACGGAGACGCUGUCCAGGCCCUGGAGCACUUCAGGGACAAGAAGUACAAUUACGUCCAGCUUGAAAUAGAUUUUCAGAAUGAGAUUAUAAAGCUGUCAGACACCUCCCCCACGGAGAUCAAAGACUUGCCGAAAAGGAUCCCUAAGGACUCCGCCCGCUACCACUUCUUCCUCUACAAGCACUCCCACGAAGGCGACUACCUGGAGUCUACAGUCUUCAUCUACUCCAUGCCUGGCUACAAGUGCAGCAUCCGGGAGAGAAUGCUCUACUCCAGCUGCAAGAACCCCCUGGUGGACAUGGUGGAGAACAACCUGAAGAUUGAGAUCGCCAAGAAGAUGGAGAUAGACAACGGUGACGAACUGACCAGCGAUUUCCUGUACGAGGAGGUUCACCCGAAGCAGCAUGCGCACAAGCAGGCAUUCGCCAAACCAAAGGGCCCCCAGGGGAAGAGGGGGGGUCGCCGGAUGAUACGAGCACCCGGAGACGACGAGGACGAGGACGAUUAAACACCCACCCACCCCCCACCACCCCGGGCUACAAUGGAACAUUCCAGUUAGUAAGGAAACCUGAUCUGAAAAGUACUUCCAUACGGAAAACCCCUUUUUAACCCUCAAAAUCACCCCUAGACUGAACUAUGCACAUACAGCAAACACACUACACAAAGACACAAACAUAUGAACUUCAGUUUGUAGCUCGCUGCACAGGAUGUACAGUAUCUGAAUUUAGAUUUGGAGGAAUGUUUUCUGAGGUUACACGAGAUGAAACAUUUUUACACUUCGUAGUGGGAGUGUGGGGUCAAGGCUGUGUGAAGCAGGCUGUGUAUGUGUUGAAUGGCUUUAUGUCUUCUAAGUGUAUUAUUGCUGAUAAGACUAGCCUGAGGUUAGUAUAGUGUUCCUGAACAUUGCAGGUGUGGCUGUGAUACAAAAAGGUAUAACGCUGCAUCUGUUUUCCUACAGAGCUUUUUAUAAUCCAAAAACAACAGCGGUCUGAUCUACCCAGGGUUUACAUAACACAUUACUGCUGAAGAAUAAGUAUUUUUCUAUGCAUGUGCUGUACAUAGGGUUUGUGAUCUGUUCUUUGUUGCACCCAGAAUGGUGUGUCUGUGGUGUCAGUGAUCGUUGUGCUGGUGGAGAGAAUGUUUUCCCUGCGUCUCACACCACUGAUAGACCUCACAUAUGCAAUAAAACGAGCUGUCACUGCGACUGUCUUGGGUACGGUGUAGCUGCUCUGUGUUGUGAGGAGAAGUGAACAGUGUUCCCAGACAGAGAAAAAGCUGUCGCCACAGAAACCCUUGUCUACUGACUAACAAAAGGCAAACCACUAUUCCAGAACUUUUCUGUAUGAGGAAGAUUUUCAGUCGAACAGAGCUGUAGGUAAAAUGAUGAUAACAGUCAU